UUUUUCUCCUCCGCAGGUCUGAGAACAGGAGAUGUUCUGAAAGUGCGUGAAGAGGAGCUGCGGGGAUAAAGAAAAAGAGAGAGAGAUGUCAGGCGGGGUGGUGGCGAUGGGAAUACCGUCUCAGGCACCUCCAUUGGAGGUGCACGAGGCAGGGAAAGGUGCCCUGAAGGUCCAGACCACCCUCCCUCAUCUUGUCAGCCUUGGGGGUGGUCGCCUCUCCACGGCCGUCACCUUGCAUGCCCUCCGAGAAGGGAGGACGUGGAUGGGGCGUGGGCGAUCCGGAGGCGGCGAACCCGAUAUCCUGGUGACUGGGACGGGAGUUGAAGUUGACCAUUGCUGCAUCGAGAAUGUCAACUCGGUUGUCACUCUGCACCCGAAUGCGGACAUGAUUUCCAUUGACGGACUUCAAGUCACCAAACCCACCCGACUCACUCAAGGUUGCAUGAUCUGCCUGGGGAGAUCCUCGUAUUUCCGCUUCAAUCAUCCCCAAGAAGCCCAGCUGAUGAAGAGCAUUUUGCCCAACAAUCGCGUCUCCGUCGUUCCCAUCAACUUCUAUGCGACGGUGGACAACCCGAAUUACUUUCACAUGUCCAAUGGCUCAUCCACGACUACGACGAACGGAAACGAGAUAGAAGAAGAGGGACAGGAGCUGUUGCCCCCGACGCCGGAGCGGAACACGCCGACCCCGCAGAAUUUUGCGGAUAAGUUGUCCAAGUUUGAGCGUUUGACGCAUCGGAACGUGGUGCGGAGCAGCCCUUGCGGUGCGCCGUUGUCGCCGGAGACGGGACGGAAGCUGCCGAACGGCUGCGUGCCCGUCAUCCCUAUGCGGGGCGUCGAGAACCCCAACUACCAAUCGGAAUUCGAGAGAAGGGCAUUGAAGGUGCCUCCGACUCCACCACCGGUGGCCCCAAAGCCGGCCAAGUGGAAGGGGAAGCCUCAGAGUCAGAGUUCCCUGCCCCCUCCUGUCGGAUUCCUUCCGGCUGCCCACCCGUCCGUUUCUCCCAAGGUCUUCCCUCCCACCCCGGGCGCACCGGCCUAUAACAAGGCGGGGGGACAGAAAGGCUACCAGGGCCCUCCGAGGAAGUGCAGCUUCGAGAAGGUCCUCGCUGAUCUAGGAGUGGACGGGCUCGAGGAGAAACGCAGAAAGGCGCAGGAAGAGCGUGAAGCGGAGCAAAAGAUGGAAGAACGGGAGCGCGAAAGACUGGACGAGAUCCUGCGGAUGUGUGCAGAGUACGAGAAACAAUGCCUGCUCCACCAGACUCAAGCGGAGCUGAAAAAGUGCCCACCUGCGUCAGCUUCUCCUCCAUCCUCCAGAAUCAAAACGAAUGGGUCUCUGCCGAGAGAGAAGAAGAUGGCAUCAGCUGAGGACUUGAAUGGAUAUGAAGAAGAACAGAAUCCUGCUUCACCAUUGCGUUCUCCACAUCUGAGUCUCUCCAAUGGUGAUGUCUCAGUUCCAGUGCCCCGAAGCCCCUAUGAGAACCUGAGCCCUUUUGGCAGCCCCAUGAACACACUUGGAUACCCUGGCUCUCCAAGAACAAGAAUCAAGACCACAUUACUCAAGGAUGGUGGGCAUUCGUCACCUGGUGAAAAGCCUUCUAAGCUUGGAGAUUUUGAACAAGAGUUCCGCCUGAGUGAAGCCAUCUUGAGUAGUCCUGAAACAACGCUAAAUGGUGAUGCAACACCAGAUACACCUGCUUGCCAUAUGCCAAAUGGACAUAUUGGAGGUGAUAUGGUGAAUGGCCAUACCAGUGCAGAUGAGAAACAUAAAGCCCAGGUCAUGCGUGUCCAUUAUACAGACAGAGCCCAGUACCGGGACAUGCGUGAAACUUCUCCAACACGUGUGGCUGUCAUGAAAAAUCUCCCUCAACCCCAGACUGCAGUUGUAAUUUCAUCUAUGACAUGUCCCCAAGAAAAUGGUUCAGUUUCAAAUGAAGAUGUGGCCAAACUGGAGACUGACCGCAGAGCAAUCAUACGGAGUGUUUCUAGUCUCAAGUGUCAGAUCCAGGAAUUGGAAGAACAAGAGAGUGAAACCAUAAGAGAGCUGGAACUGGAGCGGGCCUUGCUCACAGGAGAGUAUGCUGAAGAGGAGUUACGUUUGAUGGAAGAGGAAGAGAAGUUGAAACACCUCUGCCAUCAGCAGGCUGCUGCUGAAAUUGAAGAGCAAAAAGAGCAUGAGCGAAUGAGACAGCAGAUGGAGUCUGCAAGGACUAGACUUCAAGAAGCUGAAACUGAGCUCCGGGAGAUGGAACAUUCAAUACGAGAAUUCAAAGGAUCCACUGAUGAUGAGACGCGGAUCUUGCAACAGAUCAAGACUCAGCAUGAACGGCUAGAAGCUGAAAGAAGGGCAUUUGAAGAUAUUGAGUUUCAUCAUUUGGAGGCAGAGGCCCACUCUGAGACAGAGCGGGAAGAGUUGAAUCUUGAGAUCUCUCAGCUAGAAAACUCCAUUGAGGAGAGGAAACGUGGAUUGAGAAGCUUGCUGAAGCAACAAGAAGAUAUGAUUACCCUAGUCAAACAGGAAACUGGGAAGCUGGAAACACAGCGACAAGACCUGCUUCAAAUUCUUAAUCAAGAGCUUGGCACAUUGGGAGAGGCUGAAAGAAGCUUGUCAGAAGCAAGACUCUCCACUGGUUCAGGUAUAUCCUCAACUACUAGUGGAUUGGAGGAGUCAACUUCUGAGACUGACACAGAUGCUGCAAAUGCUGAAUUAGAGAUGCAGUUAAGACACCUGCAAGAACUUGGCAUGGAGGAGAGGCCUGUGCAAUCUCGUGAAGAUCUUCAUAGAAUCUGUCAGGUUACAGCCAAAGCCCCUCUUCUGGGAGAUUCACAUCGAAUGAGAGAGAUUGAGAGGCAGAGGCAGCUCCUGCUUGCCCAGCAGAGUUCCUUCGUAAUUGAAGAAGAAAGGAGACGUUUGGAUGCCUUGAAAAGGAGGGUACAAGAAGAAGUGCGUGCUCAAUGGGAGGGGAAGAGAUUAGCCUCCUUGGCAAACCAUAGUUGCAUCCCCAUUGAGACCACAAAUUCAAGAGAUGCAAAUUGCUUGAGUCUGAACAGUCGUCAUGAUAAACACAACCGUCGCAAACUUCCAUUUAAGGAAGACCCACUCGAAUUUGGCUUGCUCCACUUCCUCUCCCUGUCUGUAUCCCUGUGCAUAAUAUUCCCCAGUCCAUCGAGGUGCGCAGGUCACAAGUCCAAUCUGGAGACCUUAGAGGAGAGAGGAAGAAGGGUAGAGAAGCCGAGAGUAGCUGAAGGUGGGAAGAGUGUCGAACUUGCCGAACGGUGUAGAAGGUGUAUGCUUGUGGUGGUGGUGUUGACUGUGGCGGUGACUUGUGAUCCAGUGAUCAUGGCUUUAGUUUGGUUCAAUCUCAAUGCCGGCAAGAAAAAGAAGAAGCGCCAUCCUCAUCACAACCAGCAAUUGAGGAAGCUGAGACACAGUCGAGAGGAAGCGGGAUACGUGGGAAUGCGUGGGAGUGAGGGGGAAGGGAUCGAGGCGUCGUCCUCGUCGUCGCCUCCACCCCCUUCAAUGGCGGUGUCCUGCCGACCUCUCUCCGAUGCCUCCUCCUGUGAUACCGACACAAUACGAUUCAGGGACCAAAGACGAAGGGUUUCCCAAGGGCAGCAGCAGCAACAACAGAGGCCACUGACUCGCUAUCUGCCUAUCCGAAGCGAAGAGAGGGAUUUCGAUCUCCGUCAGCACGUUGAAUCGGCAGGGCAUCAGAUUGAAUUAUGUGCUCACGUCCACGUGACGGGGACCACGUGCAAGGGAUACCUGCACAAGAUGGGCCAUCGGUUCCGGACGUGGAACAAGAGAUGGUUCAUAUUUGACCGGAACAAGAGAACAUUGGCCUACUUCACCGACAAGAACGAAACCAAACUCCGUGGAGGCGUAUACUUUCAGGCAAUAGAAGAAGUUUACGUCGACCACUUGCAGAAGGUGAAGAGCCCUAAUCCAAAAGUGACAUUCUGCGUGAAGACCCUGGAUCGGACAUAUCACCUCAUGGCUCCGUCUCCCGAGGCCAUGCGCAUUUGGGUCGAUGUCAUCAUCACUGGCGCCGAGGGUUACCAAGAGUACCAGUUGCAUGGCUGAGCCUAUUCGCGAUCAAACUUGGUCUUGCAUCCAAGUCGGAUGUGUUUCUAGAAAGCCGAGGCGCCGUACAAGAGAGAUUAGUGACUUGUCUCCGCUGGAAGAGGGGCUAGAAGCUCCAGCAUCGGCAGAACGAGGCUCUUUUUUUUUUACUUCAUUCGAUGUCUUCCUCUUCCCUACACCUACCCUUCCAUUUUUGAGAACUGUAUCAGGGAUCGUGUGGACAUUUCUAGAAUGCUGCUGAAUUCUUGUAUGCAGCCAUGCCAAAGCCAUGCUUCAGAUGCUUGUGAUCACGGUGCUAGAUUUUAGUUGUCAACUCCUAGGUCGAUGGCUUUGCCAGGGCAGUUCUUUUGUGAACCUUAGGGACAGGAAAAACUACUCACGUAUUGCCAUUUUUCAUUCCCGAUAUUGAAUGACUUAUUUUUAUCAAGCAGUUACAGUAUAUUGUUGUGUUUUACUAUUGAAGAACAACACAUUGAAGUGUUGUUCUUCUCUUGCCUUCAACCUUUUAUGCUUGUCAUUGUACAUUUCCACCCUUGAUUAAAGUGUUGGUACUGAUCUUGUUCAGUACUUCAAAACUCAGUCCCGUCCUUUCCUUCAAGCCCUGGCAUUGGAAUUGCCUCUGAGGUUGUUCGAUAUCUAAGAAGGGAAGGGAAGCCAAUCCCUUUCAUUCUUUUUGUAUCUUUUUGCCUUUGUCUCUUAUCUUGGGGGACGUUAGUAGUAUCCCAUCUGCUCUCUUGUUGAGAACAGCAUGACUGGCCUUUGCUGUUCCUUGUCCUUUUUCUAAGAAUGGUUCUCUUUUCUAUUCAAGUCCCUUUAAGUGCCCAUGUGAUUCAGAGAUAUGAUUGAUGUGGUCAGAUGUCUUUGUCAUCAAUAUAACCAUAGUCAAUUUUGUGAACAG